AUGAAGCCAAAACUCCUUGCACCAAGCCAAUUAGAGGACGGUGUAAGUCCAACAGUUCCCUCCAUUAAGCAAGCCACGAUCGAUGGAGAAGACAACGACGGACUGGAAAACAUCUGUCGAGGUGGACAUCCUGUUGUCAAGGCGUAUCCCCAGCACUACGAUGUCGUUCCUUGGAUUGCACCGAUAGCGCCAGAAUUACGAAUGCUCCUUUCGUAUUUCUCCGAUUUUGUAGCUCCGGUCAUGGUUGUGCUUGACGACGACACAAAUGGAUAUCGAUCACUAGUGCUUCCUAUGGCAAUCCAGGAUGAAGUCCUCUGUCGGGCGGUGAACGUUGUCGCUGCGCAACAUCUAAGUCGUCAGAGACCCGAACUCCAGAGAGCAGCUGAAGCUGAACGCACCGCUGUCAUCUCACGCUUACGCUGCGACUCUUUGAAGCAGUCUGCGGAUAAAGUGUUCAACAAGUUCACGUGGGCUACUCUGAUUGUACUUCUAGUGGGCGAGACCGUAACAGGCAGUGCGGACUAUGGCUUUCUGAUUCAGAUGCUGCUCAGCUUGUCCAUGAGCAAACCUGGUCGGGACGCCAACCCCGUCUUAUUCAACUUUUUGCAAGCGCAAACCCACAUGUUUGAAUUGCUUGGGAUACCACUCCUUGGCGAGGAGAUGGGCCUACUCACGACAAUGAGAGCUUCGGAGUCUCUGAUGAGCUGGCUGUCAUAUCCGCAUCUCCCGGAGAACAGCGAGGAUCGACGUCUUGCGGAUCUGAUACGGCAGUGUUUCCUUUCCGCAUGUGACAUAUAUAUGGGAACCGCAGCCAAUGUCAACGCAAUCUCAACCUUCCCUGACUCGAUCCAAACACAUUUGAUCCAGCGACUCAUCGAUAAGGUAUCAAAGAUCUUGCCUGACGCUCGUGGCGCCCAUGCACUGGUCUGGGUUUGCUUCGUUGCUGGAGCAGCUUCGACAGACCAAAGUCAAAGAGAAUUUCUUGUUCACCGCAUGGAGCACAUAUAUACCCGUACGCAGUUCCGUAAUAUCCCUACUGCAAUACAGAGUCUGCGAAACAUAUGGGCACGCGCGUACGGAGAACGCUGGACCGUCUGUCUCCCUCGAUUGUCGAGCGUAUUGGCCAUGUAA